ACCAUUAGACACGUGUUAGUCCAGGUGGAGGGAGUGACUGCUGGAUAUUCGACCCUGGAUGUUUCACUGGAGGGCUCCUCUUUAACUAUUCAAUAGAUUUCUCUUUCUUUGUUAUGUAUCAAGUCAUUGCAAAUGAGUGUUUAUUUAAUACUUUUGUUUUGGACAUAGCUAAACCUUAAUCUUAAGAAAGUGGAUUUAGUCAAGGACAUUUUUCAUCAGAGAUCUUCUUUUCAAGCCUUAGUUCUUAUUUUUGGUGUGGCUGUUUCCAAGAAGCAUCAUGGCAGACUUCCCAUCCAAAGUUACUACGGAAACCAGCUCCACCCCAGCCCAGAGCUCUCAGCAGGGGGGCAACAGCCUCCAAGGGAUUACUGCCAGCAUCACCAAUAUCAUGAACAUGUCCUUUAUCCGGAGCAUCCCAGCAAUCCUCAUGAUGGUGGAAAUAUGUCUGGGCCUGCUCCAUUGGGCAUUGAUAGCCAGCGCCCCCUACACAUGGAUUCCUGCGUACGGCUGGGUGAUGUUUGUGGCCGUCACUCUGUGGAUCCUCACCACCAUCCUCUUCUUCAUGAUCCUGUUCGGCGCCCAGCAAAAACUCACCUUUAUUCCUUGGCCGCUGGCGGUGAUGGUGUAUAACGCUGCAGCCACGGUCCUCUAUCUGACAGCCUUCUUGACCAACGCUGCAACUGUGCAUCCCUACAAUUACUUCUACUUCUUCGAACGUUUGGCAGCUGCUGCUUUCUUUGGUGCUGUAGUGACUGUCGCGUAUGGAGCCAGUGCUUUCUUCUCUUAUUUGGACUGGAAGGGAGAUGGAGGACAUUUUGCAACCAACACAGUGCCUACCUAAGACUCAACCGUGUUUAACUGAUCCCGGACACAGACCCCUUGUGAACCCUUUCAGAAACUGUAGUUAGCUAUGUAAGAUGACACCUAAUUCAGACAGAAGAUACUGUGUGGUAUUUACUUUUCAGUCAAGCUCAGUAGCAUUUUACCUUCAAAUUGUGAAACUUUUUCUUAUCAGCAAUUGAUUAUCCACCUGAAAUAAAUUAAGGUGAUCUGAUAAACUGCACUGAGUUUGAAUUACAAGUAUCAAUGAAAUAAGACACUCAAUAAUAGUAUUGUAAAUACAUAAAUAUGAUAGUGCUAAAAAUGUAAGUUAUACAAUGAUGUAAUGGCAAGAUGUGUUUUUAAUUUAAAUGCCUGCUUACCAAGAGAUUGAUACCCUUCUUAGGACUGCAUAAGAAGGUAUUUUGAAUACUAAAAUAAAGCAACCACUUAGCUUAGCAUAAGGAAUGCAAACAAGAGGAAAAGCUAGCCAAACCCGUUCGAAGGUAACAAAAUACACUCACCAGUAAUGCUCUUUUUGUUAUCUUGAAAUGAGCUAGGCUAGCUUUUUGUCCGUUUCCAGCCUUUGUGCUAAGCUAGGUUAAUUGGCUGCAUACCUCAUCUUUACACAUUCAUUGAGUUUGGUAUUAAUCUACUCAUUUAACUUUCAACAAGAAAACAUGUAAGCGUAGUUUCGAAAAUGGCAAUCUAUCUUUAUUUAAAGCAAGGUAACCCAACCAUGGAAGAAGGUAUUUGCUAAUACAGUUAUUGUUCAUGUUUUGAAGUCAAACUCUGUCAUGACAUGGAAGUGGUAAUACAUGUUUAAUGCUAUGAGAUUAAUAUUGAUGACCUCAAAAGGUGUGCCCUUGCUUAUUCAUUAGUCUAAGAAUCUGAUUUGCCAUCUACCUAGAAGGACUAUGAAGAAUCAUUGAGAUUGUUUGUUUAGCAUUACCUGUUUACAGAGGGCGUUUUUGUUGGUCCAUGUUGGAACAUGCUGGACGCUUGCAUUUGCUUUCUUUGAUGAUCAUUUUAGAAAUGAUCUAAAAUACCUGUUUAUAGCAGUGCUAAUAGUAACUAUGUCCUACAGAAAUCCAAUUUGAUUUUCUGUACAGGAAAUCCAGACUCAAAUUCUUAAAUUCUCCCUAGACCUAGCCAAAGCAGUGAAAACUAAAAUAACUAUGUACAUGGAAAAUUUGACUCUUUCAUGAAUGUGUUAUGAAGAUGCCUAGUUUUUUCAGGACAUUAAGAUCCUUUAAUGAUUCAAAUAUUGUUCUUUAAAGUACUCAGAGCUGGGGUUUUUUUCCCUUUGAUUUAGAUGAGACAUGAAUACACUCCUGUUGUAUGUGCCUUUGAAAAAUGCGUUGUGUCCUUUUGUACCAAGAAUUAGAAAUACUAGUGAAACCUCAUGGUGAGUGCUGGGGCUCAAGAAUGCACUUGUUCAAAUAAAAACACAUGUAACUGUUUAUUUUAAAAUAUGGUUUUACCAACAAAUGAAACAUCAGCAGAAAAUACUUUUGACAUCAAAACUAUACAUGUUAUUUCUAAUUGCAGACACACACACAUGCUCACACACAGACACACAGUCACUAAAUAUCUAAAGACUGACUUUCACAGGCGCAAAGCUCAAUGAAUGAGUUUCAAACUGACAGAAUAAUUUAAAAGUUCAUAAAACAUAUAUUAUUUUCUUACAAAAAAUACCAUACCAGGUAAAGAGAGCCAAGUUUAUCAUUCAAACAAAUGUUUUCCUCUGCUUACAGGGGGGGUUUGCUGAUAAAUUCACAUAAGAACCAGUGAGAAGACAUGAAAAACACACAUUUAGUCUCAUGCAGCACCAGAGUAUCUGGGAGAAUUUGCAAAGAACUACAUAAAAUGUUACGGUAAUCUGUAGAUUCCAGGGACACACAUUUACUCAUUUCUGAUAGUCAUUAUGCUCAGACCAGUGUUGGUUGGACGGUAAAAAGAAAGAUCUCACUCAUUAACUGCAGAGAGCGUCUUUAACACACAUACCUUCGCCACAUAAAACACAGAGAAAUGCAUUUACAAUUUGGCCGUUAGGAGUCCUUUGUGCACAGACUGCAGAUUUAUGGGGAGUGUUUCCAGAAGCUGAUCAUUAAAGUGCAAAGCUCUGAAGGCCCAUGGAAAAAAAUGUUAAAUAAACAGAGAUGGACACAAUUCAAA